UACACCCGUGUUUCGAGAAACAUCGAUAUUAUUAAACGGUAUUGAAUUUUGCACGUGUGCUUUGUUUAGUCUAAACAAAAAAAUGCGGAAGAAGCAAAGUAUUGAAGUGCCCGGGUUCCCGUCGCUGGACAACGAUGGCGGACGAAGCGAUGACAUUAUCAGUAAACCAAAGGCUAAGAAAAGCGGUGGCUUCCAAUCUAUGGGUUUGGGUUUCGAGUUGAUCAAGGGCAUCACUAAGCGUGGAUACAAGGUACCGACUCCUAUUCAGCGAAAGACGAUUCCCCUUAUCCUCGAAGGACGCGAUGUGGUGGCCAUGGCCAAGACAGGCUCCGGUAAGACCGCCUGCUUUCUGAUUCCACUUUUUGAAAAGCUGCAGAGGCGCGAGCCAACCAAGGGUGCGCGUGCCCUGAUCCUGUCCCCUACGCGAGAGCUAGCUGUGCAGACGUACAAGUUUAUUAAGGAGCUGGGCCGCUUUAUGGAGCUAAAGACUAUUCUAGUGCUAGGAGGCGACUCCAUGGACUCCCAGUUCUCGGCCAUACAUACAUGCCCAGAUGUUAUUGUCGCAACACCAGGUCGAUUUCUACAUUUAUGUGUAGAAAUGGACUUAAAACUCAAUUCCAUAGAGUAUGUUGUGUUUGAUGAAGCCGAUCGACUGUUUGAGAUGGGCUUUGGCGAGCAGCUAAACGAAACUCUGCACAGAUUGCCGUCUUCUCGGCAGAUGGUCAUGUUUUCAGCAACCCUUCCAAAGCUUUUAGUGGAUUUUGCACGCGCUGGGCUAAACGAUCCAGUUCUUAUUCGCUUGGACGUUGAGUCAAAGCUUCCGGAUGCACUGGCUCUAAAAUUUCUUUACUGCCGACCGGACGAUCGUUACACAGCUCUAGUGGUUCUUCUUAAAUAUGUGAUACCGGCGGAGUCUCAGACCGUGGUGUUUGUUGGUACGCAGCACCACGUGGAACUGCUUUCGUACAUCCUCACAGAGGCUGGCAUUUCUAAUUCCUCGGUCUAUUCGAGUUUGGACCCGGCUGCUCGCAAAAUCAACACCGCUAAGUUUGUAAACAAGAAGGUGUCCGUAUUAAUUGUUACAGACGUGGCAGCGCGUGGAAUAGACAUUCCGAGUCUAGAUUUUGUGGUCAAUUUGCACUUUCCGGGAAAGCCAAAGCUUUUUGUGCAUCGGGUGGGUCGGUGCGCUCGGGCUGGUCGCACAGGAACCGCUUACUCUAUAUUUUCAACAGACGACACAGCCCAUCUACUGGACUUGCACUUGUUCUUAAACAGGCCUUUCAAUAUAAACGAUAGCUCGGCAUUGGGUACCAUUCCGCAAGAUUUGCUCGAGGAAGAACAUUUAACAGUGACAGAUAUAAAGAAGAGCCACAAUAUUGCAGGAGUAUUGCGCACCAGCGAAAACGCUUACAAAAAGUACCUAAGUUCCCGACCUGUAGCAUCCACUGAUGCCAAUGCGCGCGUAAAAAAAAUUAAGUUCUUUGCGCUCAAGCCGUUGGAGGAUUUCUUCACAGCUGCUCCUGUCCUAGCCCAAGCUGCCAAAGUUAAUGGGCAAUCUGAAGAGUCGCAAGCAAAGGUGGCUGCAGCUGAACGCGUAUUGCAGGAGGAGAAGCACGACAUACUGGUCAAAAUGAGAAAUUUCCGACCAGGUGGUACCGUUUUUGAACUUAACACCACACAAAAAUCAACUCAAUUUAUUGUAAUGAAAGAAAAACGUAACCAGCACUCAGAAGUAAUUCAAAAGUUUAGGCAGCAGCGCGCAGACGAGGAUAUCAACGAGGCAAAGAAAAAAGCCGAUGCGCAAAAACCAAGUUCAGACCAAAUGUUUACCGCUGACGAGGAAGCUAUUAGCAAAACAUUCAACAAAGUCCUUGCACCCAAGAGGCUUCAAAACAUGGACGCACUUUACAAAGAUAAGCAGAAAAAAAGGCGAAAAAUUAACAGUAAAGACAAUGAGCACUUUGUGCCGUACCAGUCAGCGGACAAGCACACUGAGGAUGGCCUCGCCAUCAACACAUUUGAAAGACAAGCCCAAAAUGCAGAGUUUUCAGUUUCAGACCGGAAUCCAUCACAAGAUGUGAAACACAAGCCUGGUCUAAAAAAGUGGGACCGGAUCAAGAAGAAAAUGGUCUCAGUGCAGGAUCCUCGAGCCAAUAAAAUUCGAACCGAGUCUGGAGCAUGGAUUCCUGCCUCCUUUAAAACUGGACGCUACAAUGAAUGGAAAGAAAAAUCAAAGAUUGAGGACCAGCUGCAGCGUGAAAAUAUAGGUAGCGAUGACGAUAAGGCUAAGCCACUGAGCCAUGCGCAGCGUUACCCAGUCAGUCGCCAUGCGCGACACAACGUUAAGCUUGAACUUAAGAAACGUCUUAGCGGAAACGACAAGGAGAUGCGGCGGCCGGAGCAGAUUGUUAAAUCGCGCAUGCGACUGGAGUUUAUUAAAAAGCGUAACGAAGACAACGCGGAACGAAAGAAUGAGAACCGAAAACGUAGUAUGCGAAAAAACCAGCGUCCAAAAGUUCAUUCAUCUGCAGGAUCUAAGAAACGGAAAUGAGGGGUUUUAAAAAGGCUAGGAUAUUUGUUUGUUUGGCCAUUUUGCUGAUUUAUUACAUCCGUCAAAUGAAACGCCUAAAAUAUUUGUGACCUCUGAAUGUCAUUAAAAUUUAAAAAGUGUUUUUAUAAAAAUACAAAAUCAUUUGAAAUAAGGUCUUGGGUGACCAUAUGAUCAUCGUCAAAUUAGGAGAACCAAAAGUAAAAAAUAAAGCGACAAGAAAAUGUAACACAAA